AGACAUCAACACACUGUGAACUUUGUUCAGUGUGGCGGGAGGAGGCAAGGAAGCAGGCUGGACGCUGCUUCUAGUGCUGUAUUACGGUUAAUUUUUUAACUCUCCUUAUUCACACAGUUGUGGGUUUGCACAUUCAUCAUGGCUGAAACUUUUAUAAAGAUUCCUGAUAAUUAUAGUGGUUAUCAUUUGUCUCACUUCUGUGUCCCGAAACAUUAUGAGGAAGAUUUGGAAGAUAUAAUGAUUCCCUGGGGACUCAUCCAAGACAGAACAGAAAGACUGGCACGAGAUGUCUUUCAGGAUGUUAAGAAUGAACCCUUAACUGCUCUGUGUGUCCUGAAAGGUGGCUACCGUUUCUUCACAGAUUUACUGGACAAGUUAACAGCUCUCAAUCGCUCUCAAGCCUCUGUAUCUGUGCCUCUUUAUGUUGACUUCAUUAGACUUAAGAGUUAUGAGAAUACAGAUUCCACUGGUGAUAUACGUGUUGUUGGAGGGGACAACAUGGUCAGUCUUAGCGGCCGCAAUGUACUGGUUGUUGAAGACAUAAUUGAUACAGGAAAGACGAUGGAAAAACUUUUGGCAAUUCUUAAGAAUCAUCAACCAAAAUCAGUGAGAGUAGCCUCCUUGUUGGUAAAGAGGAAGUCAGAUUCAACAGGAUACAGACCAGACUAUUGUGGCUUUGAAAUUCCUGAUAAAUUUGUGGUGGGUUAUGCUUUAGACUACAAUGAAUACUUCAGAGAUCUUAAUCACAUAUGUGUGAUUAAUGACAGUGGGAAAAAGAAGUAUUUGACUCCACAAGGAUCCCACUAAUGUCCAGUGUUGAAAUUCCACAUUGCAAAAUUAUCCUGAGGUAUUACAAUGUCAGCUGUUUUUAUAGUCAUGCUUUGCUGUGCAAGGUUGUACAGAUUUGGGUUUGAUAUUCAGAACCACAAAUAAAUAACACUUGUAACUACAGUACUUUAAACAUAAAUAUGGAAGGAUAAUUUACUCUUCUUGUAUAUUUUUAUACUACAUAGUAACUCAGUGGCACAUGUAAUACUGUACAUAAUAUUUGUAUUUCAUAUUCCAUAUUUUUGAUACAAUAUUAGUAAAAAAUGGGAUUUUUUGGUUGUAUGAUUCAGUGCUUGUUGUCUAAUGUCUUUUGAAUGUCUUUUAAUUUUGAAAUGAAUUUUAUAAAUAUUUUAAAGUUCAUUUAUAUACUGGACAUUCUGGGCUCAAGCUAUGACAUUAUAUAUUUUAGCUUUUAAUAUACCCUUAAUAUAUUGGAGAACUUUACCUUAAUUACAUGUACUGUACUAUGUGUAAAGUGUUCAUGUGAAGGUAAUGACAAAAUUUAUUUUCCUUAUAUUUACAUGUGGAAAUAAUCUGGAAUUCACUACUGAAUUUAAAAAAAAAAACUGUACAGUACAGAAUUAAAAGUACUAUAAUGAUAUCAUUACUUAGUGUGGAAUUUGUCUGUAUGAAAGGCUAUAGAAAAGGAAAAUAAGAAUGAAAUUUUAUUUUUACACUUAAAGUGGGCAGCAACCUGUGUGUGUAAUGCUACAUAUGAAUUGCUGUAUAAUACUUCUGAAUAAAAAGAAAUGAAAAAUCAAG